UCACACACCGAUCCUCGCGUGGGCUAUAGCUCGUCACGCCUUCACCAGCAGGCCUGUUCACCAGUCAUCGGCGGUCGCUGCUUUCCCGAAAUUGCUCACCAGCGCCGGAGCUGAGCAGGAAGGAGGCUGGCCGGGUUGGUGGCGGUAGCCGGGCUCUCAUUUAAACUACCCAUCUGCCCCGGAAUUAAUUACGGGCGCCCCCCAGGCCUGCGUCCCGGCUCCCCCACUAUAUUAAGACCCCACCACGGCACCACCUCGUCCGCAAACAAACCCCACCCCACCCGCCCCGGCCGCGGCCACUCCACACAACGCAGGACGCACGGGCACGGCACGCUGUUGCAGCCCAAGGACGACGCUGCCCUCCGGAGAGCAGAGCGGGGAGCCGACAUGCCGGCGGCGGGCGGCGUGUUCUCCGGGUCGGUGAACCUUAAGUACGUGAAGCUGGGGUACCAGUACCUGGUGAACCACUUCCUGACGCUGCUGCUGGUGCCGGUGAUGGCGACCACCGCGCUGGAGCUGGCGCGCCUCGGCCCCGGCGAGCUGCUCUCGCUCUGGCGCUCGCUGGAGCUCGACCUCGUCCACAUCCUCUGCUCCGCCUUCCUCGUCGUCUUCGUCGGCACCGUCUACGUCAUGUCGCGGCCCAGGCCCGUGUACCUGGUGGACUACGCCUGCUACAAGCCCCCCGCCAGCUGCCGGGUGCCCUUCGCCACCUUCAUGGAGCACACGCGCCUCAUCAGCGACGACGACAAGAGCGUGCGCUUCCAGACCAGGAUCCUCGAGCGCUCGGGGCUCGGCGAGGACACGUGCCUCCCGCCCGCCAACCACUACAUCCCGCCCAACCCCAGCAUGGAGGCCUCGCGCGCCGAGGCGCAGCUCGUCAUCUUCUCCGCCAUCGACGACCUCGUCCGCCGCACCGGCCUCAAGCCCAAGGACAUCGACAUCCUCGUCGUCAACUGCAGCCUCUUCUCCCCGACGCCGUCGCUCUCCGCCAUGAUCAUCAACAAGUACAAGCUCCGAAGCAACAUCCGCAGCUUCAACCUCUCGGGCAUGGGAUGCAGCGCCGGCCUCAUCUCCAUCGAUCUCGCCCGGGACAUGCUGCAGGUGCACCCCAACUCGAACGCGCUGGUGGUGUCCACGGAGAUCAUCACGCCCAACUUCUACCAGGGCUCCCGGCGCGACAUGCUGCUGCCCAACUGCCUCUUCCGGAUGGGCGCGGCGGCGAUCCUGCUCUCCAACCGGCGGCGCGAGGCCCACCGCGCCAAGUACCGGCUGGUGCACGUGGUGCGGACGCACAAGGGCGCCGACGACCGCGCCUACCGGUGCGUGUACCAGGAGGAGGACGAGCAGGGGUUCUCGGGCAUCUCGCUCUCCAAGGAGCUCAUGGCCAUCGCCGGCGACGCGCUCAAGUCCAACAUCACGACGAUCGGCCCGCUGGUGCUGCCCAUGUCGGAGCAGCUGCUCUUCUUCUUCCGGCUGGUGGGGCGCAAGCUCGUCAACAAGAGCUGGCGGCCCUACAUCCCGGACUUCAAGCUGGCGUUCGAGCACUUCUGCAUCCACGCCGGCGGCCGCGCGGUGAUCGACGAGCUGCAGAAGAACCUGCAGCUGUCGGCGCGGCACGUGGAGGCGUCCCGCAUGACGCUGCACCGCUUCGGCAACACGUCCAGCAGCUCGCUCUGGUACGAGCUCGCCUACAUCGAGGCCAAGGGCCGCAUGCGCCGCGGCGACCGCGUCUGGCAGAUCGGCUUCGGCAGCGGCUUCAAGUGCAACAGCGCCGUCUGGAAGUGCCUCCGCACCAUCAAGACGCCCACCAACGGGCCCUGGGACGACUGCAUCCACCGCUACCCCGUCGACAUUCCGGAGGUCGUCAAGCUGUAACUGUACGUCCCGCGAAGCAUCGGAGCUUUGUGCUCUUUUUUCUUCUUUCUUCUUUCUUCUCCUCUUCCUUUUUCUUUUCCGGGUCUAUUAAAAGGGGGUAAAAAUCCAUACUUUGGUCGCUGGACGUGUCACACCAUACGUACAAGGAAUGACGAUCAUCACAGGAGAUUAAUUAAAACUAGUUGUUGUUGGAAAAAUUGGAUGUUAACGUGGGCGUGCUGUCGAAACUGGCCUAUGCCAGGGAUUGGGUGGUGUUUUGGAACUUGGAUGGGAAGGAAAGGGAGCACUUGUAAAUUGUAAUCCAUGUUGUAACUGGUGAAAGGGAUACCUGCAUUCUCCUGAUAGUUAUCGGAGCCAAUCGUCUCUGCUUGUUCA